AUGACGACAUUCGACCUUGCCUCGGCGACAAACCACCUCCUCUACACUGGCAUCAUCAUCUCUCCAGUAAAAGUGGUCAAGGCGCGGGGGACGUACCUCACAGACGAUGAGGGACGCCAAAUCCUUGACUUCACGUCAGGUCAGCGAAGCUCGCUCCUGGGGCAUUCCCAUCCCGAGAUUGUGGAUGUGGUGAAAACUCAGAUUGAGACGGUCGAUCACCUACACAGCACGAUGAUCACAGAGCCCGUGGCGGACUUGGUUCUCCGAUUGGCUCGCUUGCUGCCCUCACCCCUGGAGAAGACUCUUCUCUUGAACACAGGAUCGGAGAGUGUCGAGGCCGGAAUCAAGCUGGCCAAGGCCUACACCGGAAAGUUCGAGGUCAUAGCUCUCACUGCAAGCUAUCACGGCCAGACUGGGGCCGCCAGCUCCGCCACUUUCUCCAAAUAUCGCAACACUGGACUGCCAUGCAUGCCGGGCCAGCUGGCUUUCCCCGCACCGUAUGCAUACGGAUCGCCCUUCCAGCGAGACGGAAAGUACGACUGGGAGGCCGAAUUCGAUUACGGUUGGUCCUUGCUUGAUCGCCAGAGCGUCGGAUCGCUCGCCGCAUUUGUGAUCGAGCCGAUUCUGUCCGGAGGAGGCAUCUUAGAACUGCCCGGCGGUUACCUGACGCGGCUCAGUGCUGAAUGCAAGAAGCGCGGGAUCGUGUUGAUCGUGGAUGAGGCACAGACCGGCGUCGGACGAACUGGCAAGAUGUUCGCUUUCCAAGAAGAGGAGGGCUUUGUCCCCGAUAUCCUUCUUUUGUCCAAGACCUUGGGCUGUGGCGUUCCUCUUGCCGCUCUCGUCACCAGUGCUGAAAUCGAGAAAGGCUGCCGGAACUCGGUGUUCUAUUGGAACACAACCCAUCAGAACGACCCCUUGACUGCCGCUGUGGGGAACAAGACCCUGGAGAUCGUCGAGCGUGAUGGACUCUGUCAGAACUCGGCUGAACGUGGAGCCCAGCUGACACAAGGUUUGCGCCAACUUCAGGGAAAGUACGGAGGGUGGAUCGGCGAUGUGCGCGGACGUGGACUUCUUCAGGGCUUGGAAUUGGUGACAAAACCAGGGGCAGCCAUCACUGCAAAGGAUCUGGGACAUGCUGUCGUGGAGAAAUCCUUGGCCGGUGGAUUGUCGUGUAGUGUUGUUCCCUCUCCCGCGCAGGGAUCGGUUAUUCGUCUAGUCCCACCGAUCACCGUGUCUGCGCAAGAGAUCGAUCAGGCUCUUCAAAUCCUAGACCAAUCUCUUGCAGCCGUACUAGUGCAGUAG